UGGAAGGGAACUAAAAUAACGUUGUCGACUUACCGGGCUAGUCACUGGGGCGUGCGGUGGCACGUUCAUUUUCUGCGUCCGUGUUUCUCACUUCCGCUUGUGAGAAUUUCAGGUUGGAGGAAGCAUUUCUAAGCAACAGCGCAGGACUCCCACACUUCGUCUAAGCAGCCUUUAGACACUGCAGAAUUGAUAGUACAAACUAGCACUGGACUUUUUCAAGAUGAGCUUCCUCUUGCCCAAACUGACCAGCAAGAAAGAAGUAGACCAGGCGAUCAAAAGCACUGCGGAGAAGGUGUUGGUUCUCAGGUUUGGGAGGGAUGAGGACCCCGUCUGUCUGCAGCUGGAUGACAUUCUUUCAAAGACAUCAGCUGACUUGAGUAAAAUGGCUACUAUUUACCUGGUGGAUGUGGACCACACUCCAGUCUAUACACAGUAUUUUGACAUCAGUUAUAUUCCCUCUACUGUAUUUUUCUUCAAUGGGCAGCACAUGAAAGUGGAUUACGGGUCUCCGGAUCACACUAAAUUCGUAGGAAGCUUCAAAACCAAACAAGACUUCAUAGAUUUGAUUGAAGUCAUCUACCGGGGAGCAAUGAGGGGAAAACUUAUUGUCCAGAGUCCUAUUGAUCCCAAGAACAUACCCAAAUAUGACCUCCUCUAUCAAGACAUUUAACACACUCACUGCUGUUGGAGAUGAGAGUCGCAGAGGUUGAAACAGAACCUGAACCCAGAGGGCCUGUGGUCUGAAAUCCCUCAGAGACAUGUUCACUGCCUGAGCAAAGAGGUUUGGGGUGUCUGUAAUCAACAGCCCCUUUGCAGAAGCCCCGGCACUGCACGAAUCGAGAUGCCUGAGUGUCCAUUCCCUGAGAGUCUCAGAGCAGUGAGGCGAAUAUCUUUGUGGUGUUUGUAACUUCCCUUUAUCUUGACUUAACCCUUAAGGUCAAGCAUCCUCCUAGACACUGUGAGGACAGCUUGAUUAGCCAUGUCUGAGCGUGCACACACACUUGUCCCCAUGCCACCAUUCACUUGCCCCGUUUGCUCCCUCCUAUCCCAGCUUCUCUUGAACUAACAAUUAGACACAGGUGAGUUCAUUUGUUUCCUCACAGACUGAAAGCAGUACCCGGUCCACAGAUCUAUAGCUGGCAGGCCAUUGAUUGCCAUGAGAAAAUGUGGCUCUUCACCAUCCAGCACAGUUUGAGCUAAACAACAGGUUAACUGCUCUUGGGAAGUGAGGGACAGAGCUCCCCAGAAAACAGUGCCACCACCCCAUAUUUCAAGGUCUCAAGACCAAAAGGAUAUCAGAUUGUUAGGGGGAAAUGCCUUGAGGGGUUUGCAAUUCCAAGGGCUUUUGAAGAAUGUGACCCAACCUCAGGAAACUUGUGUUUUCUUAAGCCUUAUGGUAGUGGUUGUCCUUGUCACUCUGGAAUGAGAGUAGGUAUAGAGCUGGAGGGCUAUGGCCAGGCAGCUUGUGACCUGCUGGGCAGCAAGGGACUUGUCAACAGAGGCCUACAUGUGUGGGAGGUAGCACUGUCACCGUGGGGCUAACACUCACAUCAGCUACUUCUAAGCUUGUCCUUUAGGGAAAAGUGAAACAGGACCUGGUUCUGACAGAUGGGGCACAGAAAGAAGGCUGCCUGGGUCUUCUGUGUCCUCUGCCUAAAGCUGAGAGAUGCUUCAGGGAUGGGGAAAGAGCCUUUUCCCACCACCUCCUUAGGAUGCAUGGGGCUAUGGCAGCCACCCUGGACACGCAGAAGAAAAAUUCGAAAUCUAAGAGUCAGAUCCCUAAUGUUACUGAAGUUCUAGGUGAAGGAUGAACUUUUUUGCACAUCCCUAUGAUGGAAUAAAAGGUCUUUGUCCAACUCACUGUC